AAAUUAUGCACAAUUAUACGAAUUGAGCAAGGACUGUCUCUUUGGCAAUCGACUAAUUUACGGUCAGCACUUGCAGUUGACGGUCAGAAUGGAUCGGACUAAUAUUGUGAGGCUCUGGCUGUUCAUUGGCGUAAGCCUGGUUACUGCUAAAGAGCUUAAGAUAACCUUUUGGGUCGAGCCAGUACAGAGAGCAGAGUUUGAAACUGAUAUUGCGGCUGUUCUUAGGGAGCUGAAAACUUUGCAGUUGGAUACGCGGAUCAGCGAUGCGGUGGUACAACUAAGUCGCACCGACGACCAACAGGACAUGGACAGCUUCUGUGAGAUUCUUGGCAGCGUGGGCAGUUCGGUGAUUAUCGAUCUGAGUUACAGUCGCUGGUCUGACGGCUACGAGCUGGCUCAUACAUAUGGCCUUGCUUAUGUGCGUUUCGACCGUAUAAUGCGUCCCUUUCUGAACAUGUUUGCCGAUUUUAUGCGCCAGAAGCGGGCCAAUAAUGUGGUUAUGAUUUUCCAAAAUUCCCGCGACACCAUGGAGGCCAUGAAGCAGCUAAUGACCGGUUAUCCAUUCCGCGCUCUUAUUCUGGACGCCAGUGAUAAGCAAUCGGAGGACUUUGUUGAGCGGCUGGUUCGACUGAGACCCGCUCCCAAUUACUAUGCCAUAUUUGCCCGCGGCGCUGCUAUGAAUGGAAUCUUUGAGCGCGUCAAUAUGGGUAACCUUUUCCAGCGGCCCACCGAAUGGCAUUUCGUUUUUCUCGAUACCAGAGAUCGCGUUUUCAAAUACAAACAACAGGUGGAGUUUUCUACGCGCUUCACCUUGAACGCACGUGCCAUCUGUCGAUCGAUGCAGAUGCGAGACCUUUAUUGUGGCAGUGGAUUCACGUUACAACGCGCCUUGCUGUUGAGUGUGCUAAGGAGUCUGAUUGACUCGGCGGAGAUGAGUCCAGAAUUUCCAGAGCCAGUUUAUCUGAACUGCAGCAGCAGUAUUGAAGCAAAUAGUGGAGCUGCAGCCAAAAGCCUGGAGAAUGUACACUGGAGCAACUUUGUGGGGUAUGUGCCGAGCAGCGAGGAUCCCUAUACCACCGAAGCGCAGAUUGAGGCGAGCGAUGAGGAGUCGGUGCCACAUUUGACGUUUGUGGCCAACAUUUCCGCAGGCUACUAUUCGAGUGAGCAUGAGGCCAAGACGGAUUUGGCCAUUUGGGUAUCGGGCACACUUCGACUUCUCAAUGAGACAAUUAGUCCAACUAGACGGUUUUUUCGAAUCGGCACCGCUGAGAGCGUGCCGUGGAGCUAUUAUCGCCGCGAUCCGAACACUGGUGAGCUGAUCCUCAGCAAAAGCGGUGCUCCCAUCUGGGAGGGCUACUGCAUUGAUUUUAUAAAACGGUUAGCAGAGAAGCUCAACUUUGACUACGAAAUCGUUGCACCCGUACAGGGGCACAUGGGCGAGCGCAAUGAGCGGGGCGAGUGGGAUGGCGUAAUUGGCGAUUUGGUAAGUGGUGAGACGGACUUGGCCAUCGCUGCACUUAAAAUGUAUUCGGAGCGUGAGGAAGUGGUUGACUUUCUGCCACCCUAUUACGAACAGACUGGCAUUUCUAUAGUGAUGCGAAAACCGAUUCGACGCACCUCGCUAUUCAAGUUUAUGACGGUGCUGCGGCUUGAGGUCUGGUUGAGCAUCGUUGCCGCCCUAGUGGGCACAGCGUUGAUGAUCUGGUUCAUGGAUAAAUAUUCACCCUAUAGCUCACGCAAUAAUCGCGACGCUUAUCCGUAUGAAUGCCGCGAGUUUACGCUUCGCGAAAGUUUCUGGUUCGCCCUGACCUCAUUCACACCGCAAGGCGGCGGUGAGGCUCCGAAAGCCGUUUCCGGACGCUUGCUGGUUGCUGCAUAUUGGCUGUUCGUGGUGCUCAUGCUCGCCACGUUUACGGCCAACUUGGCUGCGUUUCUUACGGUGGAGCGUAUGCAGACGCCUGUACAGUCGUUGGAACAGCUGGCGAGACAAUCUCGCAUUAACUAUACGGUGGUCAAGGACUCCGACACGCAUCAGUAUUUUAUAAAUAUGAAGUUCGCCGAGGAUACGUUGUAUCGCAUGUGGAAGGAGCUGGCAUUGAAUGCAUCCAAGGACUUUCGAAAGUUUCGAAUUUGGGACUAUCCCAUUAAGGAACAGUUCGGACAUAUUUUGCUAGCCAUUAAUAGCUCAUUGCCGGUCGCGAAUUCGACAGAAGGAUUUAAAAAUGUGGAUGCGCACGGCAAUGCGGAUUAUGCUUUCAUACACGAUUCAGCAGAGAUCAAGUACGAGGUAACUAGGAACUGCAAUCUGACAGAGGUUGGUGAGGUGUUUGCCGAGCAACCCUAUGCUGUUGCCGUGCAGCAGGGCAGCCAUCUGGGUGAUGAGCUGAGCUAUGCAAUUUUGGAACUGCAAAAGGAUCGCUUUUUCGAAGAACUCAAAGGCAAAUACUGGAAUCAAUCAAACUUGCGCCUGUGUCCGCUGUCUGAUGACCAGGAAGGUAUCACCUUGCAGAGCUUGGGUGGUGUUUUCAUAGCCACCUUGUUUGGCCUUAUUAUAGCCAUGAUAACGCUCGUCAUUGAGAUAAUGUACUACCAGAAAAAGCAGAAGUCCUUAGCGCUGGUAACCCAGGUUAAGCCUCUGAAUAUGAACGAGUUCACAAAAUUUGCCUGGCUUAACACAGAAGGGGCAGACAAUGAUAUAACAAAGAAAGUGAAAGCACCACCCAAGAAGCCAACUAAAGUGACACCGCCACCUUCAUUUGAAGCUGCUACGUUUCGAGGCAGGAAGACAGCUGGAAGUGUAACGCUGGGUACUGGAAAGUUUAAACCCAGUGCUCGAGAACAUGGACUACAUUUUCGUCGGGACCUGACCGACACACAGUCUCGCAUAGCUUAUAUAGAAUAAAUUGAAUUUUUUUCAACUGGUCUUAGUUGUUUCUACCAUUAUUUUAUGUUUUACUGUCUUUUUAAAGCUCAUUCAUAAAUGUGGAAUGGGUACAUAAAAUGGGGGCCGUUGUCUAUGUGUAUGUUCAUAUGAACGUAAAGCUGUGCAGCACUAUUAGGACUAAAGGCUUGCCAUUUAGAAUAUUUAUGCACAUACUUGUGGGUAACCUUUUGACAUUGUUCCGAUUUUCUCAUUACUCUGAAUAAAAUUCUAGACAGCUGGAAUUUGAUAAAAAAAAAUUGAUGGUGGACAGAUCUACGCCCAUAGGGAACGAGGCGAACAGCAAAGGCUUUUGAAUUAUUGCUAAUCCCAAUCAAUGGCCCGAAAAAGCAUUUAAGUCUCUUAAGAACAGUGGUCAGUGAUAUUACAAAGAAAAAGUAAUUAGCCACAGCUUUAAAGCGCGAGCCUCAAAAUUAUAUUGUUAUUUUUUCAUAGAAUUCUAAUGUAAUACUGAAGCUUUUAAAAUUUCUAUUAUUA